AUGCCUCUCAUACAGCAUGCUCCAGAUGCGCUGCCGUACGUUGACCCGCCCGUUUCUGAAGAGACAUUGCACGCCGCCAACGCUCUGGUCCACGCCGAAAUGGAUCCUGCCCACGCCAGCGCUCUGCACCCUGCAAUUCCACCCCCGAACCCAACCACCGGCUUCUCUGCACUGGUCGAGGCCGAACAUGCGCGCAUUUCUGCGGGUCAGCCCAAAGAUGCCGGCCUCGAUCUGAGCCGCUACGAGCUUCUUGACGCGCCUGCCAAAGGCGAUCUGCCCGCGUGGAAGGAGUCCUUGCAAAAGGCCUACGCAAGCACCGAAUAUCUGCGCGGCCGGGAAAUCAACCUCAGCCUGCUGGAGACAUAUGGCAAGAAUGCCUGGUUGAUUGGAAACAGUCGGCUCGAAGAUGAGCUGAAAGCGCUCGAGAAAGAGCUCGAGGCUGCAAAGACGGGGCUGGAGCAGCUUGAGCAAGGUCGGCGGACUACACAAGCAAACGCAGCAGGAGAGAUGCAAGGCCUGGAAGAAGCCUGGAGAACGGGCGUGGGAAGGAUGAUUGAGACACAGGCCGCUGCGGAACGCCUGCGACUGGAAAUUCUGCAGCGAAAGCGACAGGGUGUAGCGUGA